AUGACCGCCAGACAUCUCGGGCACCUGACCCUGCUGGCGGUUUCGCUGCUUGCGAGUGCACAGUACCCCUUGGUUCCGCCAGAGAUCUCUGAGCAGUGCCUCUGUGCUGAGGAGGAAGGUUCUGGAUGGAGCAGUGAAGAAAAUCGCUGUUUGUUGAGCUCGGUGACCAGUUGCUUGGAAUGUCCCACUCGCCAAAGCUGCGCUCAGAUCGUGGAUUUGGCAGGGGAUGGGCUUCAGAUUUUUUAUGGUGACUGCCGUGGUGGUAGUAGCUGCGUGCCGGCGACUGAAUCUUCCUUUGGCUUUGCGGUGAGCAUUGCAGUGGAUCAGCAGAACAACGUGUAUUUCUCCGAUCAGGGCAACAAUCGCAUCCGCAUGCUCGACGUCAGCCAGAAUGCUUUGCUGACGAUUGCCGGUACUGGUGGUGUUGGCUUUGCUGGGGACGGUGGCUUGGGUCGUGAGGCACUGCUGAGACAUCCGGAAGGUCUCGCCUUGAAACCAAACCUAGCAGAUGGUCAAGAGGUCUACUUCGCAGACUUCUUGAAUCAACGCCUAAGAAAGCUGGUGAAAAGCGGUACCGGUAACGAUUGGUAUAUUUACACAGUUGCCGGCACUGGGGUCAUGGCGACGGAUGAUUCUUGCGACACAGGAUGUGUGGCGGUGCAAGCUAGCCUGUGGAACCCAAGGGCAUUAGCCUUCGCUUCCAAUCAGGAUCUGUAUUUCCUGGACUCUGGAAGCAAGAAGAUCAUGAAGCUCAGCACCAGCAUCGGCGAUCCCAGCCAAAACCCUGCUGCAAUGAUGAUCACAUUCGCAGGACAUGGCCUUCCUGCUGGAGCCAAUUCCCUGGAGGGCAGCUUAUGGCCAUCCUUUCGUGGCAUUGCGAAGGUGGCUCUACCUGGCCAUUACAGUGUGCCAAACAGUGCCCUGCUGCUCAGUGGCAUGUAUUCCAUGGGCAUCGACCGCAAAGAUCGAUUGUGGGCUGUGGAUGGCGACAACAAUCGCAUUUUCAUGCUGCCAUUGACCAAUGUGACCACCACAGAAUUGCUGGGUGAUUUCGGCCACUUCUUGGCGCGAUUUGAUGCCUCCCUAUUGGACAACCUCAGCGUCACGGAGCGUCAAACCUUGCUGAUCACUCAGGCGGAGGCAUUGAGCUCCUGGCUUCCAGUGGAAUUCCCAGAUCGGAAUCUCACCUUGAAGGUGCAUACGCAUCCGCAGAAAUAUCAUUACGGCUACAGUUACUGGAUGUACGGAGCUCCCGCGACUCAACAAACGUGGUGUGCUUCGCGGAACAUCCAGAAGUGGGGUGAUGGAGGGUGUGAUGGUAUCAGUGCGCAGCUGGCAACCUUUGGAGGAAUUAUGUCAGUGUGCUUUGAUUCAGCUGACAACUUGUAUUUGGUGGACAGUGAGGAUAGCCAGAUUGUCUACUUGGAAGAUGAGAAUGAGUUCGAGCACAAUUCUCCACGAGCAACUGGCGAAAAGACCACCGAAGCUGGCUGCCCCUGUGGGGAUUUCUGGGUGGAAGAAACCAAAUCUGUUGAUGGUGAAGUCUUACUGCCAGGCGUGGUUCCAUACAUUACGGAAGACGUUAUCGCACGUCGAACGUGCAGAGAGAAUCCAGCAGUUGAAGGCGUUGUUUCACAGCAACUUGCGGGAAACCCAGCAGAAAUAGCACAGACGUUGGCACAGAUCCAGAACUGCACUGCAGUUGACUAUUGUGCCUCAGCCCAUGGUGAUCACUACCCAAAGUGGUGCUACGUCAAUGCUCGUGAUCUCCCAGACUCUGAUUUCAAGACUCUGUGCGCGUCCAACACCUGGUCCUGGUGCAAUGCUGCUGAGCAGACAUCAACGCCAGCUCGAUGGAAUCUUUUACCUGGAGCCACCAUUAUUGGCAACGAGAAGCGUUUUGAAACAAUUUAUUUGUAUGGCAAGAUGCAGUUCGAGCAGAUGAAAAAUCUGCUCACGGAGGACUUGUGGCUAAGCUCUGGCAUGCCAUAUGAUUACUCCAUGGAUAAUGGCAGGGCUAGAGGACCUGGUUUUUUCUUGGAUGGUACUGCAAUCCUCAAGGGAUUUGUGGAUACUGGCAUCGGGCAAAGUACGUGUGGCGAUUAUUGUUGCGGCUUGACCAAGCUCCGAGCGAUGAGCACCCCUUCGGGAUCUUCAGGCUAUGUCUGUCAGCUGGACAGCCUGGCGAAUCUUUCAGUGAUGGAGGGUUACUACACAUUCUCCACCCCGGCGGCCCCGGCGGCUCCAGCGCCAGCGGGGCCAGGGAGUGGACCUUCGCCUGGUCCGGCCCCAGCUGCACCAGUCUUCUUGCUGACCGUCUUUGAGGAGUUGGAAAGCUUGGUCUACGGCAUCCGUUCCGAAGUGGAUGAAGUGACAACAGCAAAGCUAGACUCAUGCAAGUCUCGGUGUCUCCACGACGAAUCCUGUAGUGGCUACAUGAUCAGAAGUGGAAACAGCUCUGAGCUCAUGAGUCCGGGACAGCCCUGCAUUUUCUUCAGUCAAAGCCAACCGUUUCAUGUCUACACGAUCAGCCGCGUUGGGACACCAUUUUCAAAUGGUUUUGUAAACCUGAGUGCUUCCAUGGACAAGUACGAGGCACUACAAGCAUUUGUGGGACCUGGUAUCCCCGCCAGUCGUCUCACCGGAGACCAAGACGGCAUCUAUGUUAGUCAUGGACCAGUUGUCUCCAAGGAUAUGAUUAGUGGGCCUCACCUGGAGUACGGCUUGCUGGUCACGGAGUGCCAGGUGUUGUGUUUAGAGAACACGCAGUGUACGGGGAUUGCAUUUCCUGGAUGUUACCUGCUGAAAAAAGCGACCAUCAAACUUCUCUCAUCUACAGAUGGCAGCAGCUACAGCUUGAUGAUGAAAGAGAAGGUACAACCAGAAGUGAAGAGUGCCAUUGGAUACAGCCAAGCAGACUCUUACAACAACGUCACCUACGCCCAGCACAGUUACCUCAAUCGACCUCUGAGCUGUGCCGUUGACUCUGCGGGAGAUUUGAUUUUUGCAGACUUCAACCACAGACUCAGGAAGACGAGUGGUUGGGCAACAAAUUGCUCUGUUUCGGGCAAGUUCUCAUUUCAGCAAGUGCGGCAGUAUGAGGCGGCGCUGAGUCAGGUGAAUGAUGCCUGCAAUGCCAGCGACGCUCAGAUGCAGACACUUUAUGCCCAAGCUCAAAGGGAGGUCAUUGAGAACAAUAGCAUUCAGCUGGUUCAGCAAUACUUCUGUGACUUUGGUGCCAGUGCUUUCGCUGCCGAGAUGGAGCAGAAUUUUACCAACAACGUCUACGUUCUUUGCAAGGCCUGCGCGUCCCUUUGGCCGCGGCCCUCCUCGUGCCCAUGGCCAUCGCUCUGCGCUUGUAGAGAUGCCAUCGUCCAGGUGACCUGGGAAUGUGGUGACUCAGGACGUUCACAUCCUGUGCCCUCAGCGGAAUGCUAUGGCAGACCUGUGGCAUCGCUGGAUCACAGCCUAUACCAGCUGUUGGUUCUCCAAUUCCAAUGCUCUUCAAUGGCUGACCUCGACCACUCUUCUCCAGCGGCUGCGGGCGAAGCUGGUGUCUCUGGGGUGAGGCAAUGGCGUUCUGAGAUGGCAGGCUAUUCCAAUAGGGAAGAGGUGCCGGCACAGCAUAGCGUGCUGGCUGAACCUUCCAAAGCUGAAAUUGAGACCACAGCAACCACGGCUUUUGGCUUCAACUUCGAGGACCUCUUCAAGCUUGGGCAGGAGGUCAUGGAUGAGGGCACCAGUGAAGAAUACAACAUCUAUGGCGAGAGCGACAAUGAAGAAAAGUUUGCACAACGGGUGGAGGAAGCUCAAAAGAUCAUCGCUCAAGAGAAAGAGCGUAUGGAAGGAGGGAUGUUGGGACGCAUGAGGAAAGGUGUUACUGCUGGAGGAGCACGCGAGCGAGCAGCAAGACGAAAGGGAAAGAGGGGUGAAGCCAAAGACGUUUCACCUGCACCAAAGUCGAAAGCUUCGGAGCCAGCGCCAGCUGCAGCAACAUCGGUUUCACCACGAAGGACCACACCGCCACAGCCUGUGUCCGUCUUUGGCUUCAAUUUCGAGCUUCCGGAGCUGUUGGCAUUUGGGCAGGACCGGCAGAGAUUGGGCCGGCAAGCUUUCAAGAUGCCAGAUGAGCUGAUCCCAGCUGGGCCCUGGACAUCCGACCGCGAGGAACAGCCAGGUCUUUCAAAGCUGUCUGAGCGAGAAGACCAUUCCAGUCAGAAGCAUGUGGAGUUUCCUGGCUUGGAGGAGAAUCCGGCCGAGGAAAACCAUCGAAGUCCCAAGGGCCUUUUUGCAUCAUCCUUCGGGAGCUUCCGAGAAUUGCGGUGGAAUGCAGAUGACCAGGCCUUUGCUCGCUUGGCCUUCAUUUUUUUUGUAGUCCACCUGGCUGGCGGCCUGGUGCUGAUCGCUUUCUAUUACAACUUUGCAGCUUUUGAGGUUUACAUCAUGUCAUUAUUCUGGGCAAUGAUUGUGUCGAUUCCACUAUACCAGGUGAAGAUGACUAUAAUGAGAUUUAUUUUUUCCAGACUCUUGCGGCAGACCUUUGUGGUAGUGGAAGUGCCAGACGAACAUCAUCAUCACCAUCGCCACAAGGUCUUGAUUCGAAAAUUGCCAUGGUUCUACUGGUUGUAUACUGAAAAGCUUGCAGAGACGGAGGAGCCUGUCGAUUCUGGACAGAACUCAGAGGAUCAUGAGCCAUCGGAGCCAACUGUAGAGGCCUUUGUUGAUAGAGAAGCCAGCGAACAUCUCCGGAAAGAAUUGGCGGAAGGAAAGAUUUACCAUGCAGCCAUCGUAGCCUCUGGCAGUCAUCCACAACAGAUCGAGGCUCACUGGGAGAAGAAACACUGGUUGGGGCCGCUUCGACCCUAUGCGAGCUUCAUGGAUAUUUUCCGGGAUCUUUACAACCUCUAUGAAGGCACAGAGACGUUCAUCGUCUUCAUGCUGAAGCCCUUUCAUCAGUUCAGCCAUCAGGACGACAAAGUACCUCUCUCAGCGCCAUAUUUUGGACUCUUGUUGCGCCUAUGUGCUCUUCAACUUCUUGGAAAGCUUUGGAGUCGUGAGCUGCAAAUGAAGCUGAUGUUUGUGGCUUUCUACACCUACCUUUUUGUUGUCUCCGUGCGCUUGGCUGUGUGGACUAUUGGUGUCCUGACGCCAAUCAUAUGGUCAAAGAUUCCGUUAUCUUUGCGCGAAGCUUCGCAGCAGCUUCGGCUUCUCCUGAAAAGGAUGCUUACUGGAUCAGUUUCAAAGUGGCGGAAGAAACUCCUGGACAAAGCCGUUCAGAGCUUCGAGGAAAACUGUCACUUUCUCCUUUCGAUGUUGAUCAUCAUGGCUGCGAUGCUGCUGACGGUGAAUUUCAUGAGCUUCUUGGUGAUCUCUCUCCGCCAUGAAGCGGAGGUGAUACACAGCACGUGCUACGGACUGCUGCAGAAACAGGAGGCCUAUCAGUCUGUCAUGGAGCGACUCACACAUGCUUCGGAUGGCGACCUCUUCGCGACCUUGCUAGCCAAACUCGAAGAAACAUUGCCGGAGUAUGAGUUGAUGCUUGCCAAGCACAUUCCAGACUUCUACAUCCUGAAGUAUGUGAUGUAUGACUUGUGGACAGACGAGCAUGGCAUGAGUGAUGCCGCACAUCAUCAAGGCACCUCACCAGAAAUGGCAAAGGCAUGCGAAGAGGCAGUGGCCCAUGGCGCAAGCUGCAAUGCCGAAGAGACUAUUGUGAUGAAGCAUGCUUUGAGAAACACAACUGCGCUUCUGCGUGGCUUAGCAGCUGGAAAUCUGACAGAUAUUGCUUCUUUGUUAUCUGGAGCCUAUGCCGAAAUCUCUUCUAUCUCUUCUUGGUUCAAAGAUGAUGCAACUCAGAGCACCACCGCAGAAGCUUUGAAGGAUGGAGCUGCCCAUGGGGCUACUCUGUUAGCCAGGCUCACAUAUUUCCUUCCACGUGUCUUUUUGGAUAUGCUAUCUUCAGCGUCAAGCGCGCUUGGGCAAACCAUUGUUUUUAUGACAGCUCUUUUCUACCUUUUGUCUGCAGAAGAGUCAUGUUUGGCAGUGGUGGGCGAAUUUCUUCGCGUGGUGGAUCAGAAUCAGGUGAUUUUUGCGAUUACCGAGAAGGUGAUGCGCGCGGUGCUGGUCUCUGCCAUGAAGAUGUCUGCCUUUCACGCUUUGUUCACCUGGCUGCUCUAUUCUUUUGGGCAACUUCCCAUUGUGGUGGUGCCCACCGUGCUUUCAGCCAUCCUGGCGCUGGUGCCCAAGGUGUCUCCUGUAUGGAGCAUCUCAGUUUGGGCAGCGGGGUAUCUGUGGCUCCACAACCAGAGGAUCUGUGCUGCCCUGUAUUUCUUCGUGAACUUGGCUGUUUGGUGGCAGGUGCCUACGGUAAUCUAUGCUGAAAUUCCCGAAGCAAACGCCUGGCUGACGGGCCUGGGAGUGGUGCUGGGGGUUGGACAGUUUGGAUUGGCUGGCGUGGUCCUGGGACCUCUACUGGCAUCGGUGCCGUUGAUUUGCUACAACUUGGUGAAGCUUUUCAACACCUUGCAGUGGCACCAGGCCUCAGAAAGCUCCACUAAGCGACCUUCGCUCUUCAACCUGCACAAGGAUUUCCUCCCCGGUGCUUCUCCGCGCCGCGCCCCGUCCAUGCGAUCAGAGCGCUCCAGCAGUUCGGAUUCAGAGACGCUGCAGCCGGAGGCUUCCGCCCGCCGCAGCAGCCCUCCCACGUCGCCCACGUCGUCCAUUUCGCGCGUGCGCCGCGUGGCGGCCUCGCCGGAGCCCGAGGCACCGGAGCAGACGGCGGUGCCCAACGGCGUGAGACGACGAGCCCUGGAAGAUGGGUCGAAAUCGAAUGCCAUAGAGAGUUUGGCAAAGACCUCGAUUGCGGGUGUGGCACAGAUGCCGGAUUGUGAAGUGCACAACGUCUACGGAAGCGAUACACAGGAGAUGCAGGCACAACGCACUGAAGAUGCGAAAAACAUCAUGUCCCGAGAGAAAGAUCGAUUGGAAGGUAUGGCGCGUGGCCGAAUGCGGCAAGGUCUAGUGGCCGCAGGUGGCGCAAGAGAGAGAAUGGCAAAGAGGAAAGGCAAGAAGCUGGGCAACGCGAUUGCUGAAACAGCACAAGCUGCACAAGCACAAGCUGGACCCAGUGCUGCAGAGUAG